UAUCAGUGUCGAAUUAUUUAAUUUUGAGAAAAGCGAGAGCAAAGAACAACCCAAAACUUGCAGAUUUCAUUAUAUUUACUUAUGAAAUAUCAUUCAUUCAUACAUGGCCAUGCUUUAUCUCUCGCACACUCUUAAUUCCUGGAGUUGCUGUAGUACCUUCGCUCACACCACAUACUUCACCACUCUCCCUCACAGGAGUAGAUAUAACACAUGUUCUUUUGCCAAGAAAUCCAAAAGGGAAGGACCAGAGGCAUUUGUAGAUCUCUCAGAUGACAAAUUUGUUCAAAAUGACAACUUAUUGGACACUUCUCUUAAUCCACCUGUUGAGAAUGCUAACCCUAUUCCUUCCAGGAGUGCUGUGCUUCAGGCUUGCAUACUCACUUCUGCUCUCAUAGCUGCUUUCGGGACAGUGAUUCGCCAGGUGUCUCAUGUUGCGUCAAUAGAAGGAUUGCCGGUCUUGGACUGCUCUACAGAAGUAUCAUUUGGUUUUGAAAUGUGGCAUCUUGAGUUGAUUACAGGAAUUGUAGUAUUAAUAUCAUCAAGUCGCUAUUUGCUAUUGAAGACUUGGCCAGAUUUUGCUGAGUCUAGUAAAGCAGCCAAUAGACAGGUCCUUAGCUCUCUCCAACCUUUGGAUUAUAUUGCUGUUGCAGUUUUGCCUGGAAUAAGUGAGGAACUACUUUUCCGCGGUGCAGUUCUGCCACUUUUGGGAAUGAACUGGACGAGUAUUGCGGUAGCUGCUUUAAUCUUUGGUGUUUUGCACAUAGGCAAUGGUCGAAACUAUUCCUUUGCCAUCUGGGCAACCUUUGUUGGUCUUGCAUACGGAUAUGCUACAGUUUUAUCCUCUAGCCUUGCAGUUCCCAUGGCAUCUCAUGCAGUGAACAACCUGAUAGGAGGGCUUUUAUGGCGGUACACAUCAAAAGCAGAAAUGAAAUGAGUCAUUAUCAUCUUCCAUCUCAAUAGAUAACUCACCAUAUCUACAUUAUUCAACCUCCCCUUCGAGGGGUUUGGUGUUAUAUAGUAUGAUUCAGACUUGAAAACAAUCCAAGAGAUCAAAUGCUUUCUCCAUUUUUUAAGAAAAAAUGUAGGAGAAUUCAAGUUUGUAUAUUACUUGUAGAUUUUUGUUGUAAUUAUGACCAAAACUAUGUCAUGCAAAUUAUUUACCCGAAAUAGAUAACUAAAAUUUGUAACAAAAAAAAAAA